CUGGUCGGAGGGGAAAUGGUCGGCGCCGGUUUCCGCGAACACGACAGGGGAACGAGCAAAACAAUAGCAUUUUGCGGGAUUCGCGAGCUUGUCGCACUUCGUGAUCAAGCAGGCACGAGGUGUGCGUUGACAUCCUGUGAUCUUGGUCGUGCGAAUGGAACAUCAGUGACUGACAGAGCUUCCUUGAGUCAUUCUGUGACGCAGGAUAUGCUGGUCCUGAACGCGACCGUCGCUAAUUGCACCCUCAGGCGCUCCCUUCAGCAUUUUUUAUCGAGACCAAAGUCGUCCGCAUCGAUCAAACCUGAGGGGAAGAUGUCGUUCGAGGAAGAGAAAAAGAAAUUCCUGAACAUGCCGUCGGAGGAGAAGAAAACUUUCUACAAGGGAGAGGUGACGAGUCUGGAGCAAGUUCCCACGUGGUCAGAGUAUUGGAGCAAGAACAAGUUCACUAUCGCCAUUAAGACUCCUAAGAAAACUGAGGAGGUUGAUGAGGACUUGGCCAAGAAGGUUUCAAUGUGGCAGGGGGACAUAACAUCCCUUGAAAUAGAUGCCAUAGUCAAUGCUGCAAACUCGAGUCUAUUGGGAGGUGGUGGAGUUGAUGGAGCUAUUCAUAGGGCAGCAGGACCAAAUUUAAAAAAGGAAUGCACAACAUUAAAAGGAUGUCGAGUUGGAGAAGCUAAAAUUACUGGAGGUUAUAUGCUACCAGCUAAAUAUGUUAUUCACACUGUUGGUCCCCAAGGUGAGAAACCAGACAAAUUGAAGGAAUGUUACGAGAACAGUUUGGCUCAAGCAAAGGAGAAUAAUUUGCGCACCAUCGCUUUUCCAUGUAUAUCAACUGGAAUUUAUGGGUACCCACAGAAACCAGCAGCUAAAGUAGCUUUAUCAACAGUCAAGAAAUUCCUUCUUGAGAAUAAGGAUAAUAUUGACAGGGUUAUCUUCUGCUUAUUUUUAAAAAGUGACAAGGACAUAUAUGAGGAGCUAUUGCAGAAAUAUUUUGCUGUUGAAUAAGUAGCUGGUGGCAUCACUUUCUACUUUCGCAAAAUUCUCCAUUAGAUAUAAUAUGAUCUCUUUCAAGGUUGUAUUUCAUUGAGAAAUAUUCAUAUAAAACAUUAAUAUAUACAAAUAUUAUAUAUCUAAGAUGAUUUUA